UAGCCGUAGCACAAAUACGGACAGCGCAGAGGCUCAAACCGAGGGCGCUGCUUCCAUUGAUGUUUGACAACAACGGUCACUUCAAGGCCAAUUAUUUUCAGUUACAAAAAUGUCUGCAACUCGCUAUCGGCGGUUCUUGAAGCUGUGUGAGGAAUGGCCGAUGGAUGAAUUCAAAAAGGGCCGUGAUUUGGGAACCUUUUUGCGACAGAGAGUCGCUCUGGCGUUCCGCGAAGGAGAAAACACUCAGAUCUCGGACCCUGAGAAGUGUGAUCAGAUGUAUGAGAGUCUGGCUCGGAUCAACAGUAAUGUGUACAGAGAACGGUUCCCCCGUGUAAUGGACACCAGCUUCACUGGGGUGACCGUGGAAGAAUGUAAAGUGCUUUUAUCAGGGAGUAUGCAGCAGAUGCAGCAGAUGGACGAGGAGAAGAAGGGUUUGUGGAAGACGUUAAUACAGCGCUUCUCAUCGAAGGCCCCAGAAGAGGCAGCGGAGAAGGCCUCCGAGAAAUAGCCUGGUCCUUGCUUCUUUCGCUGCUAAUUCAGCAAUAAAUAGAGUGCUUCAUGGCAUUGAAAUCCAACCAUGUUUAAUGAAAAGGGUCAUUCAUUUAUUCAUGUGUAACUUAAAAUAGUCAAUAAAAAAUAUUUAAAGUCAAA